AUGGCCACCGUCGCCGAUCAGCCGCCCCCGGCCUAUGCCGAAGCGGGCGAGGAGAAGGCCGCCGCCGCAACCGGCCCGCGCAAGACACCCAUCCCCUCGCCGGCCCCGUCCUCUUCCACCCCGGCCCUCCCGGCCCUGACGCCGGACCAACAAUCCAAGUACGACGGCCUCCUCGCGCAGGCCCGCGCCUGGACCGAGGUGAAGUGCCCGACGGCCGCUCACGCCGACAAGUCCGGCCCCCUGACGGACGGCGAGCGCCAGUGGCUGACGCGCGAGUGCCUUCUCCGGUACCUGCGCGCCACGAAAUGGGUCCCCAAGGAUGCCGAGAAGCGUCUCCUCGAGACCCUCGCCUGGCGCCGCGAGUACGGCGUCGACGGCCUCACCCCGGAGCACAUCUCGCCCGAGAACGAGACGGGCAAGCAGAUCAUCCUCGGCUUCGACAAGGAGCGCAGGCCGUGCCACUACCUCAACCCGGGCCGCCAGAACACGGACCCGUCGCCGCGCCAGGUCCAGCACCUCGUCUUCAUGCUCGAGCGCGUCAUCGAGGUCAUGCCCGCCGGCCAGGAGAAGCUGGCCCUGCUCAUCAACUUCAAGACGUCAAAGAGCCGCGGUAACACGGCCCCGGGCAUCGGCCUGGCCCGUGAGGUGUUGCAUAUUCUCCAGACGCACUACCCGGAGCGUCUGGGCAAGGCUCUCAUCAUUAAUGUACCAUGGGUUGUCAAUGGCUUCUUCCGCCUCAUCACCCCCUUCAUCGACCCCAUGACGCGUGACAAGCUCAAGUUCAACGAAGACAUGAAGCAGUACGUGCCCGAGGAGCAGCUCUGGACCGAGUUCAGCGAGGGCAAGCUCGAGUUCGAGUACGACCACUCCGUCUACUGGCCCGCCCUGAACGCCAUGUGCAAGGAGAAGCGCGAUGCCAGGACGGCGCGCUGGGUCUCUGGCGGCAAGCUCAUCGGCGAAUCCGAGGACUACCUUGGUGGUGCUGCUGAGAAGGGCGUUGGAGCUGAAAGCGCCGAGGCGAAACCCGCUGCUUGA